GGAAUGUACACAGGGUGCAGACAGGGCCUGCGCUGAGGGGAGGGGGGGGCACUUCAGGUUCACGGGGUCAAGAGAUGUCUGUCUGGGGCACAUGUGCAGCGCCGGGGAACACACAAGCGCAGGACAGGGGACUAAUUAAGGAGAAAUUGAAAUAUGGGACAAAAAGAAAGAGAAACUUUCAGUUUUCAGACAUCACAUCAGCAGCAGCAGCAUCACUCAGGUGCUUGUUGGUUUCCAGGAGAGAUGACGCUAGACUUCACUUCAAAAAACAGUUGUUGAUUCUCUAACGUGCUGCACAUUUCAGUACUUUCAAGCAAGACACAUUCACAGUCCCAGCACCUCCAGACUUUCUUUUUCCUUCAGUGCAACAAAAGUAAAGCAGAGUCAUUAAGAGGAAACUGAUCUUUGGAGAUAAAAAAAAGAUGAACACUUGCAUUUUAUUCAGAUCAAUAAAGUAGACACUCUGUGUCCAUAAAUCAAAUCAAUGAAAACAUCACUCAGAUGCCUGGAAACAUUGAUGAUUCUGGUCUGAAAUGCUCCCCUUCUUACCUUAGGUAUUCCUCUUUCUGAAUAAUAUGCGUAACACAUUUGGCCAUGAGAGAGAACUCAUUCCAUCCAUUGAAAUUUUACGUAAAAUAAAAAGGAGAUUAUUUGAUUUUUAACAUUUUUGAGGUGGUUUUGUGGGCAGAAUCAGGCCAGAUCUUCCAGACUGAUCAAAUGGCAUCAGCUACGGUCCAGAGUUACAUCAAACAUGGUCAUAUUGCAACUGUAGAGAAAUAACACCUCCACAAUACGGAUGGCACUCGAGUCUAAUUGUUGCUGUUUGAAGUAUGGCCACUUAGAUAUCCUGUUUGGGAUGGGGCUGUGCUGCCGCACCUUUGUUCUGAUAAGGGUCCCUGCCCCCAUAGACAAAGUGCGAACGACUGGGAGGGCCCCGACACUAUAAGAGGGCCGGAGGAGUGUCGGGGGGCCACGCUGUGUAUCUUCUCUGACUCGUGCUGCAGGGCUGCUGCUGUCUCUCCAUCCACUCCAAUCUCCACACUCAUGGAUUUCCUCCGCGCUUGUGUGCUGUGCGCCGCCCUCCUCGGCCCCGCCAGGGCUUUUACGCACCAGGAUAUGAAGGACGCGCUGCUGCAGAAGCUCGGCUUGGAUGAAGUGCCCCAGAUCCACAAGAGAGACUUGGAGAACCUGGUCAUCCCGGCGCAUGUCAAAAACAAGUAUAUGUCCAUGGUGAAGCUGCACCACAGCAGGAGGCGCAGGUCGCUGCCCAGCCUGGCGGGCAUCCUGCGGGGAAUCCCCGGCAACGCAGAUAUCUCCGGGGAAUACGUGUACUCUGACACCACUCGGCAUCGCAUGGUGUUCGACAUGGAGGCCCGGAUCCCGGAGAACAGCGAGGUGACCAUGGCGGAGCUGAAGCUGUACCAGCGGGCCUCGCACCACAAGCGCUUCUCCAUGGAGAAGAAGACCCACCGGCCCGUCAGCAACGCCCGCGUCAGCAUCUACUGGGUGGAGAUGCUGCCCAACGGCGCCAACAGGACGUCCCUGGUGGAUUCAAGGUUGAUCCCCAUUCACGAGACGGGCUGGAAGAGCUUUGAUGUCACCCAGGCGGUGCAUUAUUGGUCCAAGACGCAGCAGAAGACACCUCUGCACGUGGAGGUGUGGAUCGAGGGCGAGAGACCCGGCAGCUACGCGGCAGAGAUGGCCAGGAGUGUGCGCUUCACCACCCAGGAGCAGACGGGAAACACCUUGGGGAAGCCCGAGCUGGUCCUCUACACACUCAGCCUCGAGGAAUACGGCUCUCGCGGCGACUGCGACGUGAACCAGAACAAAGACGCCUGCUGCCGGGAGCAGUACUUCAUAGACUUCCGAGCGCUCACCUGGACGCAGUACUGGAUCAUCGAGCCGGCCGGGUACAACGCCUUCCGGUGCACCGGGGGCUGCAAGCAGCCCAAGCGCAACUACGGCUACGGGGAGCGGCGCUGCACGGUGUCAGAGAGCGCCCCGCUGCCCAUCAUGUACCUGGUGAAGAAGGGAGACUACACCGAGAUAGAGGUGGCCGAGUUCCCCAACAUGAUCGUGGAGAGGUGUGCGUGCACACUGGACCAUGUCUCCAUUGUAUGAGGUCGAGAAGAAAUAUAUCCUACAGUCACAAACUCUAUAGGUUAUCUUUCACUGGGGUGUUGAUAUAUUUAAUGAUAAUAAACAAGUACUUUCUAUUUAAAGGGGACUAAAGGGCAUCAAACUCCUCCCUCAAGCACUUUUAUAUAUAUUUUGUAAAUUUUUGAAAUCACUUUUUUUUUUUUAGUUUGAAUUUGAACAAUUACGUGUAAAAAAAACAGCACAGUCACUCAAAUUCUGUCUGAUGUGUCACAUUGUUCAAGCUGUACAUAAAAUGAAUGAGUUUAUGUUUGUAAAAUAAAAUAUUCUUUGCUUUUA